AUGGAUUAUAAUAAUGAUCAUAAUAUAAUAUUUGUAACAGGUGGAAGUGGAUUCGUUGGUAGUAAUCUAAUUAAGCGGUUGGUCGAUAAUGGAUAUCCUAUGGUGAGGGCGAUGAGCAGAUCGAAUCAAUCUGACGAUACAAUAAGAAAAUGUGGUGGGCAACCUAUUAGAUGUUCACUCUCUGACGAUCGCUCAAUGAAAAACGCUAUUACAGGUUGUAAAACUGUGAUUCACUGUGCCGCUAAACUAGAAACCAACGCCAACACCAUAGAAGAGUUAUUUCAAGAUAAUGUAAAAGCAACUGAACAAUUAUACAAUACCGGCCUCAUCUACUCAUCCACAGAUUUCAUAGUUAGCGAUCAAAAAGCAAGAGAUACACUCUCCUACAGGAAUAUAAUAUCGUACAACGAAGGAAUGGAUGAAUUAUUAUUAGAAUAA